CUAAAUCUUCUCUUUCAUACACAGAUCUGUGCACCUUUGAACCGUCGUUCAAUACUGUUAUCAAAUCCAACAUGGCUCCCACCCACAAGAUUGCUGUGAUUCAGCUUCACCCCAAACCUCUCCAUGUCGAGCAAAACUACCAGAGAGCCGCCAAUUUCAUCAGAGCUGCCGCACUCCAAGGUGCCGAAUUGGCCGUUCUUCCUGAAUAUCACCUGACAAACUGGCUACCCAAUGACCCAAACUUCAAAGCCUCUUGUGCAAGCUGGAAAGAAUAUCUCGAAAAGUAUCAAGCUCUGGCCAAAGAAUGUAACAUCUGUAUCGUUCCUGGCACAAUCGUAGAGCUUCACACAGAUGAUGAGCACGACAGUACCGGUAUCACUACCGAAGAGGAUGCAAACAGCGAGCGUCUCCUCAAUGUCGCCUACUUCAUUUCUUCUACUGGUGAGAUUCUCGGCAAAUACGUCAAGAAGAACCUCUGGGGAUCUAUCGAAAGACUUCAUCUUACGAGCUCCUCGCGUGACCCUCAUCCGGUCUUCGACACUCCAUUCGGUAAAGUCGGCAUGUUGGUUUGCUGGGACUUGGCUUUCCCGGAAGCUUUUCGCGAAAUGAUUGCUCAAGGAGCAAAACUAUUCAUCAUCCCUACCUUCUGGACACUCAACGACUGCUCUCCUGCCGGGCUCGCUCGCAACCCCACCGCCGAAGCUACGUUCUUGGAUUCUAUGCUUACAGCAAGAUGUUUUGAGAACACUUGCGCGAUCGUAUUUGCCAACGCUGGAGGCCCGCCUGGAAAAGGAUAUGCUGGCUUGUCGCAAGUAUGUGCACCAUACGUCGGUCCAAUUGUAAGAUUGGGCAGCUGCGCCGAAGGUAUGGCCGUGGUAGACCUGGACAUGCAGAUUGUAGAAGACGCCGAGGAGAAUUAUCAAGUCAGAGCUGAUUUGGCGAGAGGCGAUUGGCAUUAUGAUUAUCGUCAUAGUAAGGAAGGUGACUCGAAGCUUUGAAACAUAUCUCAUCCUUGUAGUUAUUCACGAGUAUCGAUCGAAUUGAGAGAUGGGAGAUUAAAGCAAUUUAUUCCAGACUUAACAUGUACACAAAAUUGGGCUUGUAUCGCAAACAGUGUUUGAUAGGCA